AUGAAGACGACUACUCUGAUCUGCGCCCUUGUCGGCACUGUUGCUGUGUCGGCUCAGGCUAACUAUCCCGCCGACAUUCCCGCUUGUGGCAAAACCUGUGGUGACAACAUGCUCGCUAAGGCGGGCGAGUUCAAGUGCGGAGCCGACGACAUCGCCUGUCUAUGCAAGGUCCGGGAGUUCGGAUACGGUAUCCAUGACUGCUCCAUCCAGGCAUGCCAGAACGCCACUGCGGCCGAUAUCACCAUCAGCUGGGGCAACACUCUGUGUGCGAAUGCCGGUGUCCCCAUCGGUCUUCCUCUUGCCGGCGGUGCUGGAUCGGGCUCUGGAUCGGGUGGCUCCACGGGUACUUCGGCUUCUUCCACCACUGGUGGCUCCGGCAGUGGUUCCGGUGCAUCAGGCAGCGCUGGAGCGACUACCACCACCGCGGCAGGUGGCUCCGGAGAGUCAACCGUGACCAACUCAGCGAUUACUACGGCCGAUGUCGUCGCAACCAUCACCAGCGGCUCCACGACCUACACGACCACGGGCUCGACUACCAUCACCGGUGUCGGCCACGAGGGCAGCUCCAGCCUUAGUGCCAUCACCACGAGCGGCUUCACCUCGGUCAUCACGAGCGGCACGGAGACAUCCACCGUCACGGGCGAGACGACCAUCUAUGCCACCCCUACCACCGUCACGUCGGCUCUUGUCACUACUAGUACUAGCGGCACCCUCACGACAGAGAUUACCACGGGAGCUACGACAUUCACCACCAGUGCUAUCAGCAGCGGCGGUAGCGGCUCCGGCUCCGGCUCCGGCUCGAGCGGUGGUUCGAGCACUACGACUGCUGUCACCACCAGCAGAUCCAGUGGUGGACAGGGCUCCCAGAAGACGGCUGCUCCUGUUGCUGGCUUGUUCGCCGCCGCUGGCCUUGCCGCGUUUCUUCUAUAA